CACCGUGUAUGUUAGUAAUGUCACUGUACAAAAAUAAAACCAAACUCUGUUUGUCUCCUUUUCUCUUUCCCUUUAAAGGAUCAUAAACCAACGUAAUCUUUUUAAUGGAUUCUCUUCUUUUCUCUCGAUUUCUCAGCUCACCCCCUUCGAGUUUCCUCAUUUGCCGGCAAUCUUUUUCUGAUUUUCCGACCUGUUAAUAACUCUCCGGCCAUUUUCUCCGACCAUAUUCCACCGGAAAGUUAAACCGAAGGAGGGUAUUUGGGUAGUUUAAAUUAAAGAAAGGUUGAAAUGGGGCAUUUUUCUUCAAUGUUUAAUGGAUUAGCAAGGUCUUUUUCUUUGAAGAAAAGAAAGAAUAGUUCUGGAAAUGGGAAAUAUGAUGGUAGAGAUGCUGUUGAAGCUAUGGCUAAAGAAGCCAAGAGAAAUGACUUGAUAUUAAGGUCUUCAGGGACUGUAAAUGUUGAUGGUUCUAAGAAUUUCGCUUCAUUAUUCUCAAGGAGGGGUGAAAAAGGCGUAAAUCAAGAUUGCUUCAUUGUUUGGGAGGAAUUUGGAUGCCAAGAAGACAUGACAUUCUGUGGUAUAUUUGAUGGGCAUGGUCCUUGGGGUCAUUUUGUGUCAAAGAAGGUUCGAGAAUCGAUAGUAUCAUCGUUGCUUUGCCUUUGGCAGGAGAGUUUAGCUGAGGCUUCAGCUGAUCCAGAUUUGGAUAAAAAGGCUCAAAGGUUUAACAUAUGGAAGGAGUCCUUCUUAAAGGCAUGUGCAACUGUGGAUCAGGAGCUGGAACACCAUCCCAAAAUUGAUACAUUUUACAGUGGAACCACUGCUUUGACAAUAGUCAGACAGGGUGAGGUUUUAUUUAUAGCAAAUGUUGGCGACUCACGUGCAGUAUUAGCUACCACGUGCGAUGAUGGCAACUUGGUACCAGUUCAGCUCACUGUUGAUUUCAAACCUAAUCUACCUCAGGAAACUGAGAGAAUACUGCAGUGUAAUGGUAGAGUAUUUUGCUUAGAUGAUGAAUCUGGGGUGCACCGAUUAUGGCUGCCCGACGAAUCCUCCCCUGGAUUGGCAAUGUCUAGAGCCUUCGGGGACUAUUGCGUGAAAGAUUUUGGUCUAAUUUCAGUGCCUGACGUGACACAAAGGCAUAUCACAAGCAAAGACCAAUUUGUUGUGCUGGCAACAGAUGGGGUAUGGGAUGUUAUAUCGAAUGAAGAGGCUGUAGAAAUUGUAUCUGAAACUCCAGAUAGGGCAAAAGCAGCCAAGCAUCUUGUUCAAUGUGCUGUUCGUGCUUGGAAACGUAAGAGGAGAGGGAUAGCUGUAGAUGAUAUUUCAGCCAUUGUACUCUUCUUUCUUUCUAAGCAUUUCUGUCAGCAUAUUUACCCUGUAACUACUCCAAAAUAAGAAAACGCAAGUUUCUGUCACA